AUGAUCGCUUCCGAUGAUGGACACAUUAAGAAGGACAGUGGGGUCCCCUGUCUUACCCAAUCACAGCUGCUUGCGGUCACGGCGAGGAGCCUAGCGGAAGAGGACGCCAGUUCUCUCUUCGACUUGGGUUCAGAGCCGGAGCGUUCAAAGUUCGUGAAAAUUUUCCAGGCCCGAUCAGUGGAACUAGAAACAGCGCCGGAGGCGAGUUCCGAUGACCUUUCUACUCUCUUGAAAUGCUUCUUUGCGCCCCAUUGA